AUGAUCAAUGGCGUUGCAAGCCACGCGGUUGAUUACGACGACAUAGUCGACGGCAGCCAUCCCUCGGCUACACUGGUUCCCGUCAUUCUGGCGCUAGGUGAAGAGAUAGGCUCUUCUGGGGAAGACAUCAUCGACGCCUACAUCGCCGGGUUCGAGACUCAUCAGCGCUUUUUGACGGCCCUGUUCCCGCACCAUUACAACAACGGCUGGCACCCUACGGCGACGAUGGGGACAUUUGCGUCUGCUGCUGCAUGUGCGCGCUUGUUGAAGUUCGACGUGCUACAGACCGCCACUACACUAUCACUUGCCGCCAGCAUGGUUUCCGGGAUCAAAGCUAACUUUGGAACGAUGGCAAAGUCCUUCCAUGUCGGGCAGUGUGGUCGGAAUGGCCUUCUCGCGGCGCUCCUUGUCAAAGACGGCUUUGAUGCCAAUCUCUCUGCACUCGAGCAUCCAGCUGGCUUUUUCCAGGCCUACGAUGGUCUUGGAAACGUGCAUCCGGAUCGGCUUGUCAACGACUGGCCGAAGCAACUCGCCAUCUCCCGCGGUCCAUGGGCGCUGAAACCAUAUCCCUGUUGUGGUAGCACUCACACGGCGAUUCGCUGUGCCCUCAAACUUCGCAAAGAUCACGGCGAUGAACUUGAUCUUGCACGGGUCAAAUCAAUCAAGAUCGUAGUCCACGAAGAUCGUAUUCCACACACGAACAGACAAUUCCCCGCGACUCCGCUUGAAAGCAAGUUCUCCAUCCAAUAUGCCACGGCCAGGGCACUUACUUCGGGCGUCGUGCGACUGGCACAUUUCGAGGGGACAGCGUUCUACGAAGACACGAUCCAAUCUCUCCUUCCUGUGAUCACAGUGGAAGCUCGCCCGCCCAGCGACAGGAGAGACAUUGACGAGAUUUGUGCCGGCUCUGUGAGCGUAACACUGUUGGACGGCAAAGAACUUCUCGUCGAGCUUCCUGGUAUUCUAGGUCCAGGCUCUGUAGAUCCGAUGACCGAGGACGAGCUGUGGGAGAAGUUUUCCGACUGUGCUUCCGGAGCCCUCGAUCGGGACAUCAGUCGACAGGUCUUUGAUCUUCUCGUCAAGCUUCCCGACCAAAAGGAUCUCGGAAAUUUAGCCAAGUUGCUGGAGCAGGCGCAUUGA